CGGCUCUCACUUUCUGGUCCUUGGAUUGGCAGUGAGACGUUCACCUACUCUUCUUGGGCCUGCGCGAUGCGGAACCAGAGAAAGGGAGGGGUUGGUGGGCAAGAUGGCGGCCACUCCUGCUAGUGUAGGCCGGCUAGAGGAGGAGGCGCUGCGGAGAAAGGAACGGCUGAGAGCCCUGCGGGAGAAAACUGGGCGCAAGGACAAAGAAGAUGGGGAGCCAAAGACCAAGCAGCUCAGAGAAGAGGAGGAAGAAGGCGAGAAACACAGGGAACUCAGGCUGCGGAACUAUGUCCCUGAGGAUGAGGACCUGAAGAGGAGGAGGGUGCCCCAGGCCAAACCUGUCGCAGUGGAGGAGAAGGUGAAGGAGCAGCUGGAGGCGGCCAAGCCGGAGCCGGUCAUUGAGGAAGUGGACCUGGCCAACCUUGCACCCCGGAAGCCUGAUUGGGACCUCAAGAGAGAUGUAGCCAAGAAGCUGGAGAAGCUAAAAAAGCGGACCCAGAGGGCCAUCGCUGAGUUGAUUCGUGAGAGGCUGAAAGGCCAGGAUGACAGUCUAGCCUCUGCAGUGGUCUCCACCACCGAACAAGAAACCUGUGACUCUGACUGAGGUGUACCCUGUCCUCCUGCUCCUGUUAAGCCUGUCGUGUAGGUGGACCCUUGGGCAGUGUGGGGCUGGGUUUGCCAACACCUCCAGUUUGGCUUCAGAGUAUUAACUGUGCCCUGUCAAGUCUGAAACCCUAACGGGUGAGGGCUCCUGAGCUGCUCCUUCUGUUCUUAGUGAGGGCAGAGCCAGCAACAACUCUGUGGGCAUGUUGGGUCUGUACAUAUGUAUGUAUUUUGAACUUUUGUUUUUUAAUCUGUGGAAAUAGAGUUGAGUAAACCCCUGUGUGUGGCAGAAACCUGUCAGGUGUUGCCUGUGCCUGGGGUGCUGUGGGUUUGGGUUCCAAGACAGGGUAGCCGUAGAGAUGGUACUUAAUAUGAAUAACCCCAGUGUUGGGCUGGGUAUGUUGAGGCUGGAGGGGUCGUGAAGGCCUAGGACUGACCAUCUGGGACCAAGUUCUGGUCUAGUCCAUUGUUGUAGAGGUCAUUUCAAAACUCUUGGGUGACAGGAAGGGGGCCUGGGAGAGUUGUUUUAAGACUUCCUCUAGGCCUAGGCCUUGCAGUAUUCUGUGGGAUAGCUGCAGAGGCUCCUACCCUGGUCCUCUGUGGAUCCCCUCACAGUGUGAGAGAGAGAAGGAAGAGACAGAGCCCCAGCAAACCCCAACUAGAGUCCACUCCUGUUUUGAGGCCCUGGCGCUCUUUUCCCCACUUUGCCCAACUCAGGCCUAGACUAUGGCUCUCCAAGGACAGGGCCCCAGCAUCAGAAAGGGGUGUUUCACUUUGCUAAAGACUGGGGUAUUGUAGGCUGGGUUUCACAUUUGGACUUCCAAAGUCCUGGCUUUGGGACCAUGAGUGUCCUAUGUGGAGCUGAGCCUCCAGGUUGCCUGGCUGGCUAUAUCAUCAUCUCUGACUCCAGGUGCCUGUGGCCAACUGGAAUUACAUCUCCUCCAGAAUGGUUAUGCCCUUGAGCUUCCUUUAGAGCUUUUUCUUAGCCUCUUGCCUCUCUCCUAAGUCACCCAGUGUGUUCUUUUCUGUGCUACAUUACAGAAACACAGAGGCUCAGUUCUGGUAGACUUUGGUCAUAGUGGUGGAGUGAGUGUGUGCACACAGAGACCAGCACACUAACACAAUAAAUAAUUCCUUUAAGUUAAAAUUAUGCGACUACUCUCAGAAGGUAUCCUGUGUAGAAAAGGAGCAGAAACUUGUAGCUGUAAAUGGGGUCUGCUGUGGUAAGUGGCCAGUUUCUUUACUGAGCAGUGAGAUAAGGUUAAGACUCUGACUCCAACAAGGAACAGGGACCAGACAUGCCCACGGUUGUCAGGGCUACAAUUAGGCUUCCUUUUCUAGGAUGAAGGAUGAAAGACUCCCUGCAGCUCCUCGGAUUACAGUUGGAAAUAGGCAGUGAAUACCCAGUGACUAGUAACUAAGUUCCUAUUCAGCACCAGAUCUUGGACUAGAGAGGGUUAUCCCAUUGUACAAGGGCCUAGAGAGCUAAUGAAAAGUGUGCUUCUGAUUUUAUGACCCUGGGUGCCCUGUAAGGAAAAAGAAAACAAAAACUACCGUGGAUGAUGGGCACUCAAGUAAAAAAUGACAAAAUAGAAAAUCCAAUGCUUUAAAGAAUGGCCAACAACCCAACAAGUGGGAGAAUUUAUACCUAAGGAAAUUGAAACAGAUCCUAAAAUGCUUUAAAAUGAGCAUGUAUUUUAUGAUCAGAUGAUCCCCAUAACUCAAGAAUAGGGUUAAGUCCAGCAUGGUGGCUCAUGCUUGUAAUCUAGCACUCUGGGAGGCCAAGGUAAGGUAGGAGGACCACUUGAGCCCAGGAAUUUGAGAUUGCAGUGAGCUGUAGGGUCAUGUGUGGGAAGGUAGAUAGAAUGACUUCUCAAUGGGGCAUACCACCUCAAUCCUGGGAUAUCCAGGGGAAUGCCUGCAGAUGGACAAUCCCUGGAGGUUUGUCAAAAUCCAGGAAGAUGAAAAGAGCCCGGAGGCACCCAGACAGGCUAGAUUAGGACUAUGCCGUCUUCUACAGAUAGGAGCAUUUAAAAUCUUUGAACUUUUGAUGCUUAGUUAGAUUAGGAAACCUGGUUUACUUACCCUGGGGGAAUAGAACUAGUUUCUCCCUCCCCCUUUCAAAAUAUACCAUCCCUUGGGCUGUUUGGUCUGUUAGCAACCCCCUGCCAUUUGCCCAGCCUCCCUCUCUCUAUCCAGUCUUCCUGGGGACUUAAGAUUUCUUCAACCCUAUCUUUUGUAUAUGCACCUUUGUUGGAAAUCACAGGGGCUGCAUUUUCUAGGUUUACUCAGCCUGAGUUAAUGUAAGCGUUCUCCAGGCAUUCCCAGACAUUAUCUUUUAAACUGGCAUGAGUUAUUUAUUUUCAGUGAAGUUUUCCCAGCUGUUUUCACACCAUGUUGGGGUUCACGCACAAAGACCCCUGGUCAUGGAGUGAGACACUCUCUCUCUCUCAAAAAAAAAAAAAGUAAUUAGACACAAGAACUCACAUGGUGCCUGUGGCUCAGGGAGUAGGGCAUCAGUCCCAUAUACUGAGCAUGGCAGGUUCGAACCCUACCCUGGCCAAAACUGCAACAAAAAAAAUUAAUUAAUUAAAAAAAAAAAAAAAGAAAGAAAUAGACACAAGAACUCCUCCAUAUUCUUCUUCUUCUUUUUUUUUUGGCCAGGGCUGGGUUUGAACCCACCACCUCUGGUAUAUGGGGCCGGCGCCCUACUCCUUUGAGCCACAGGCACCGUCCCUCUCCUCCAUAUUCUUUAUUUCAAAAACUCACUAGAAGCUAAGUAAUAACUUAGAGUCAAAGAAAGGAUUACUAAAUAGGAGUUAAAGCUGAGGAGGGCAUAUAGAAAGUGACAAUGAAAGAUGAAGAGGGUGAGAUGGAGGGUAGAUUGAGAACCUUGCCACACUGAUAGAUGCGUUCUAGCUGACAGGAGUUCCAGGAAAGGAAAAUCAGAGAAAGAAACUACUUGAAGAAGGAAUAGCUGACUAUUUCUGUUUCUAGCAUCAUGGUAGAAUAGUUGCCUGAACUAAUCCUCCUUUGGAAACAA